UGAAUGAGCUUUCAGCCUCUGGUAUUUAAACGCCACACCCAGUACAGCUUUCAUAGCUGGAGCUAUUCUUUGAGCAGCACAGGCAGACACACGGAGUAGCACAAACAUGGCUUUGGUGUCCGAGUUCCUGGGACAACUCACUCUCAAUUUUGGUGGGUCUUCGGAACCCACAAGCCCUACUGUGGUGCCAGUCGCUGACUUUGAUGCUGACAAGGAUGCUGCCAGAAUAGAAACCGCUAUCAAAACAAAAGGCGUGGAUGAGCAGACCAUUAUUGACAUUUUGACCAAGCGCAGCUACUUGCAAAGGAGGGACAUUGCCUUCGCUUACGAGAGGCGAGCCAAGAAGGAUAUGAUCACUGCUCUGAAAGGUGCCCUGUCUGGGUCCCUGGAGACAGUGAUACUGGGGCUGAUGAAGAGCACAUCACAGUACGACGCCUCCGAAUUGAAAGCCUCCAUGAAGGGUUUAGGAACCGAUGAGGAAAGCCUGAUUGAGAUAGUCUGCUCUCGCAGCAGUGAGGAGCUAGCAGAGAUCAAGAAGGUCUACAAGGAAUUCUACAAGAAAGACCUGGAGAAGGACGUGGCUGGAGACACCUCUGGGAAUUUUGGAAAACUGCUCUUGGCCCUGGUGAAGACAAUAAGAGAACCGCCCAGCAGUGUUGUGGACUAUGAGAAAAUUGAUCAGGAUGCCAGAGCCCUCUAUGAGGCUGGAGUUAAAAGGAAGGGAACAGACGUUGCCACAUGGAUAUCCAUUAUGUCUGAAAGGAGCGUUCCCCACCUUCAGAAAGUCUUUGAAAGGUACAAGAGCUACAGCCCUUACGACAUGCAAGAAAGCAUCCGGAAGGAAGUGAAGGGAGACCUGGAAAAAUCAUUCCUCACACUGGUUCAGUGCUUUGAAAACAAACAGUUAUAUUUUGCUAACAGACUCCAAGAUGCCAUGAAGAGCAAGGGAGCCAAGGAGAAGGUGCUGACCAGGAUCAUGCUGUCCCGCUGCGAGGUUGACUUGAUGAAGAUCAGAGCGGAAUUCAAGAAGCAGUACAGCAAAUCCCUCUAUCAGACCAUUGCUGAGCACACCAAGGGAGAUUACCAGAGGGCCCUGUUGAGCCUGUGUGGAGGGGACGAUUAAUCCAAACCCCAGGCUGCGCACCUCAAAUUAGGCCAAUAUCAAGACUUGCCUUUAUUGUACUCUAUCUCAACAAGUGCAAGACAAAUAACGCCAAGAAGUGUAUUUCUCGCAACUUGCUGCAGAGCAUAUUCCAAUGUCUUCAUUUAUAAUCCGACAUGCCUCUGUAUUAGGGUUAUUACUUGUGUUUUUAUUUUUAAAAAACAGCAAAUCAUGUUUCGAUGGAAAAAAUAAAGAAACAUGCCAAAGAAAAAAAUGUGUAAAAAGUCUUACCUUCAUAAUUUGUUGUGUUGGUAAUAAAACAUCGUGACAUUUUAUCUGUGGGCUGUUUUUCCAUUAUUAAAGAAGCAGACUUUUGUCAGAUA